AAAAACCUCAUUUGACGUGUGAUUUCCCCAAUAAAUUCAUUGAGCUCUUCAUAUCUAUCAGUGGUGUGUGUGUGUGUGUCGUCAUCAUCACCAGCACUGGUAGGUAAGUCACCAUCACUUAAGUGUGUGUGUAUUAUGUUGUGGUGACACUACCAGAAAGAGAGGGUAAUAUCCAUUGACUCAUCAGUAAAACAAUUUUUUCUUGGGAUGUGAUGACUGUUUGAACGUAUUUUUCUGUUGAAUCAUAUGAUUACCACUUCUUCUGUUGCUGUGAAUCACAUGAAGAGUUUUUUUAAUGUGUUUUUUUUGCAUUACUCAUGAGUGGAGUCUAACUUCAAGACACUUAACUAACUGAUCGUCAAAUUUGUUAUUAUUGAAGAAAAUUGAAGACAAAAAAAACUUUUUUUUUAAAAAACAAUUAUUUUUUUAGCCGAAGAAAUGUUAUGACAUUUAAUUUGAUUUAAUUAUUAUUAUUAAUAUUUUUUAUAUACAAAUUAUUACCACAAAUAUAAAAUAAUGGAUAAAAAAUCAUCGCAAAAGUCUUCAUCAUCUUCUAAGUCAUUGGCGACCAAAUCAGACCGCCUUAAGUGGAAUAUUCCUCCGGAGCCCACAUCACAGCCAUCAUCAUCAUCAGCACAACAACAACAACAAGCCAUGGAUGCCAUGAAUACAAGUUCAAAGAUAUCUUCUGCCAUCGAUUCGCUGUUUGAUUCCGGUUACGACUCGCAAACCGUUAGCAAAACGUCCAUCGAUUUCGAUACCGAUUCGGACACCACUGGUGUUGUCGUAACAGACAAAGACAAGUUGUUGUUUAUGUCGUCGCCGCCGACGAUGACAACGACCACCAAAUGGACCGAUUCGGGUGUCUGUAUUACCAGCGAUUCUGGUCUGGAUAUUGGUGGCGGAGAACAACAACGACAACAAGACAUUUGUGAUAUGAAGAGCCAAACAACGACAAAAUUGGUGUCGAAGUUGACGUCGUCGUCGUCAUCCGGCAGUGAUAUCAAACACCAGUCGUCGCCGUCGACGGCCAGUCGUAUCUCAGCACUGGUCGACGCUUUUGGCGGCGAUCAGGACGACAGUGGCGACACUUUCUUACACUUAUCUAUUAUUAAGUCUCUCGAAGACAUGUCCUAUGCUUUCAUCCGAUUUGUUCCCCAUCCAGACGUUCUCGACAUUAGUAAUCGUUUAUCUCAAACACCGUUACACUUGGCCGCACUUACCCGCCAGUCCCGUAUUGUUCGCCAACUGGUCAUCAGCGGUGCCACACUUGACCUACGGGACAGACACGGAAAUACUGCACUGCAUAUAGCCUGUGCUCAGUCCGACUACAAUACUUGCUAUCAAUUGCUAGCGCCUGUCGACGACAGGGAGAUAAUCGACGCACAACUGGUCAACUAUCCAGUGGACAGCCGACCCGAUAUACCCAUUGAUUAUUUAGGGCUUAAAAAUUAUGAAGGCGAAACAUGUUUGCAUUUAGCGGCCUAUAAUAACAACAAAAACAUAAUUGAAUUGCUUGUUAAUAGUGGCGGACUUGAUGUUAAUAUACAGGAGUUAAAAAGUGGCAAAACUAUACUUCACUGGUCGGUCGAGACCCAGAAUUUGGAUUUAAUAAAAUUUUUGAUAAACCGCUGCAAAGCCGAUGUCCGGGUUCGGUCAUACGCUAACUAUACGCCCGUACAAUACGCAUACAAAUUGUUGGCCAAAUGUGGCCCAAAUAAUAGCAAUACUAAAUUGAAAACAAUUAUCCGAUAUCUGACGGAAUGUGGCGCCGAUUAUCCCAUCGAUGAUACUAAUAAUAAUGAUAGCAGUGAUGAUGAUGACUAUGACUACGAUAGUGAUAGUAGUGAUGGUCAGAGCUAAACAUAAAGUGAUGGUUAUAUAUAUAUAUAUACACACACACACCAUAUCACCAGUUAGUUGAUCCACCAAUUGAUCGAUCGAUCGAUCGUCCAUUUUGUUUGGACGAUACAAACUAUAUCAUCUAUUCAUCCAAUUAUUUUUUUUCUUAUUAUUAAAUAAUAAUAAUUAUUAUUUA